GCUGCGCAAGCACUAAUGGCAGGCUUAGCACCCAAAACAAAGGUUCUUAGAGAUGGAAAAUGGAGUGAGGAAGAAGCAGCAAUUUUGGUUCCUGGAGAUGUGAUUAGUAUUAAGCUUGGAGAUAUUAUUCCAGCAGAUGCUCGUCUUUUGGAGGGUGACCCUCUUAAAAUUGAUCAAUCUGCUCUAACUGGUGAAUCUCUGCCCGUAACCAAGAACCCUGGAGAUGAAGUUUUCUCUGGGUCAACCUGCAAGCAAGGGGAAAUAGAGGCUGUUGUCAUUGCUACUGGGGUUCGUACCUUCUUCGGGAAGGCUGCUCACCUUGUUGACAGCACCAACCAAGUGGGGCACUUCCAAAAGGUACUGACGGCCAUCGGGAACUUCUGCAUAUGUUCAAUUGCCGUGGGAAUGACAGUAGAGAUAAUAGUGAUGUACCCAAUUCAGCGCCGAAAGUACAGGGAUGGUAUUGACAAUCUGUUGGUUCUCCUUAUUGGAGGAAUUCCUAUUGCCAUGCCAACAGUCCUGUCAGUGACGAUGGCAAUUGGAUCCCACCGACUGUCUCAACAAGGUGCGAUUACCAAGAGGAUGACAGCUAUCGAAGAGAUGGCUGGGAUGGACGUCCUUUGCAGUGAUAAGACAGGGACUCUUACACUUAACAAGCUUACAGUAGACAAGAACCUGAUUGAGGUAUUUGCAAAGGAUGUAGACAAGGAUGGUGUAAUAUUGCUCGGUGCUAGAGCUUCCCGGGUUGAGAAUCAGGAUGCAAUUGAUGCCUGUAUUGUUGGAAUGUUAGCUGAUCCGAAGGAGGCUAGAGCUGAUAUCACGGAGGUCCAUUUCUUACCUUUUAAUCCUGUGGACAAGCGAACAGCAAUAACAUACGUGGACUCCAAUGGUAACUGGCAUCGAGUCAGUAAAGGUGCACCAGAGCAGAUAAUUGAUCUCUGCAAGGUUAGGCAAGAUGUAAAGAAAAAAGUCCAUGAUAUUAUUGAUAAGUUUGCUGACCGCGGUCUACGCUCCCUAGCAGUUGCCAAACAAACUGUGCCAGAGAAAACGAAGGAUAGUGCUGGAGAACCCUGGCAAUUUGUAGGCCUGUUACCUCUUUUUGAUCCCCCAAGGCAUGAUAGUGCAGAGACCAUCAGGCGAGCACUUAACCUCGGAGUCAACGUCAAGAUGAUUACUGGAGACCAGUUAGCUAUAGGCAAGGAGACAGGUCGCCGCCUAGGAAUGGGCACUAACAUGUAUCCCUCCUCCUCACUCCUAGGCCAGCACAAGGAUGAAUCAAUUGCUGCUCUCCCUAUUGAUGAGCUAAUUGAGAAGGCCGAUGGCUUCGCUGGCGUCUUUCCUGAGCACAAGUACGAGAUUGUGAAGAGGCUACAAGAAAGGAAGCACAUAUGCGGGAUGACUGGUGAUGGUGUGAAUGAUGCACCAGCUUUGAAGAAGGCAGACAUUGGAAUUGCUGUUGCUGAUGCAACUGAUGCUGCCCGAGGCGCAUCUGACAUAGUACUUACGGAGCCAGGGUUGAGUGUGAUUGUCAGUGCUGUCUUAACAAGCAGAGCGAUCUUCCAGAGAAUGAAAAAUUACACCAUUUAUGCAGUCUCAAUUACAAUCCGUAUUGUGCUGGGUUUUCUGUUGCUUGCUCUUAUAUGGAAGUAUGAUUUCUCACCUUUCAUGGUGUUAAUCAUUGCCAUAUUGAAUGAUGGAACCAUCAUGACCAUCUCUAAAGAUAGGGUGAAGCCAUCUCCCGUACCUGACUCCUGGAAGCUCAAGGAGAUUUUUGCUACUGGCGUUGUUCUUGGAACCUACUUAGCUGUUAUGACUGUUGUUUUCUUCUGGGCUGCACAUAAAACCGACUUCUUCUCGGUAAGCUUUUAUGUUAAAUCAAAAGGAUAUCACCACGUGACUUCACAGGACAAAUUUGGCGUGAGGUCAAUUAGGAACAAUCCUGAUGAGCUUACAGCAGCUGUCUACCUCCAAGUGAGUAUUGUGAGCCAGGCACUCAUCUUUGUUACUCGAUCUCGCAGUUGGUCAUACAUUGAACGCCCAGGUCUCCUGCUUAUGUCAGCCUUCGUUGCUGCACAACUGAUUGCAACUCUCCUAGCUGUCUAUGCAAAUUGGGGUUUUGCGAGAAUACACGGCAUCGGCUGGGGAUGGGCUGGUGUUAUAUGGCUGUACAGCAUUAUCUUUUAUAUCCCUCUAGAUAUUCUCAAGUUCAUCAUCCGAUAUGCACUGAGCGGCAGGGCUUGGGAUAACUUACUGCAGAAUAAGACGGCUUUCACAACAAAGAAAGAUUAUGGAAAAGAAGAAAGAGAGGCUCAGUGGGCAAGGGAUCAACGCACGUUGCACGGCCUCCAGCCACCUGAAACAACUGAAAUCUUUAAGGAUAAAAACAACUAUGCAGAGCUGUCCGAAAUUGCUGAACAGGCUAGAAAACGUGCUGAGGUUGCAAGGUUAAGAGAGCUUCACACCCUCAAGGGGCAUGUUGAAUCAGUGGUCAAACUUAAGGGGCUCGACAUCGAGACAAUUCAACAGCACUACACUGUUUGAUUAAUGCUAGUGAAGUUUUAGCCGAUGACUGCAUUUUUAAUAGGCAUUGACUAUAGAGAUAGAAAGAGGAACUAUAUUGAUUGCACUAUUAUUAUUCUGUUUUCAUUAGAAGCCACUGGGGAAUAAUACAGCAAGAAAUUGCUUCAGGCAAUCAUGGAUAGAUCAAUGGA